AUGGCCUCUCCGCCGGGCGCUUUAAGGCAACUAUGGUACAAAUGGAAAAAGAUCAAAUUACCGUGGCGGAGGCAAACGCUCGUCGGCUUCGAUCUCGCGGGCAAUACUUUCUGGGAGUUCAGAGAUGUACUUCGAUCUGGGCGUAUGAGGCGUAUAGCGAAAUACCCAUCCACAGCCUAUCACAGCGACGUCAAAGUCACACCGCAAUGGAUGCAAUGGUUACGGCACACUCGUGAAGACCCUCCUUCGCUUGAAGAACAACAGCAGGAUGUCGUGCGACAGAUACAGAUGAGACAGUUGGCCCAAUUAGCCGAUGAGCGAUGGGCAGCGAAGCCAUCGGCCUUGGAUCGACCAGACACGCAACAGAUGCCUGAAUUGCAGUCUAGCAGUCCAGCAGACUACGGUGUACAAACAGAAUCAGAUAGCAUAGAAGGUGUUACAAGCUCAGCAAGAACGACAGAGGAUGGCACACGGAGUCGGAAUGGAAACAAUGUGGACGAAAGUAGCAUCAAGGGGCCAGCAAAGGGGAAAGAAUCGCCGUGGAACACACCGCAGACAAGCAACCCUGGCGAUGAUUUCCAGCCACAAGCAUGGACUCCAGGAUCUGCGCAAAGAAGAGGUUGA